AUGCUUCGUGGAACAACGUCAUACUUAGAAGAAUCAAGAAAAGCUGAAAGAAAUAGAACGAAUGAAUUUGGACAUCUUGGUAUAAGUAUACUUGAAGAAAUAUUAGAUGUUCCAUUACCACAAGCAAUCAUUAUAGAUUAUUUACAUAUAACAUUGCUUCGUCAUACAAAAGCAAUUAUUACCGAAUUGUAUGCUUUACUGAAACCAGCAGAACGUCAACGGUUAGAUAUUAGUUUGAAACAACAACGUUUUCCUCAUUUUUUUAAUCGAAAAAUGAGAACAAUUAAAGAUUUGUCAUAUGUCAAAGCCACUGAAUUACGAAAUAUGUUAUUGUAUGGUUUAUUACCAAAUUUCUAUUUAUUUUUAUCAUUAGAAACAAUAGCACGUUUGGCAUUAUGUACUGGUUUACAAAAUUUGGUUCUCCAUCUUCGUUCACAUUACUCGCCGCAAUAUGAUGAUCAUGGAGCGUUUUGCAACAGAGGAACAUCUGGCCAAGAAGAUCUUAUUGGACAUAUCAGUUCCAAUCGUCAGGGAACUCGUUAUUAUGGAGAAUUAAUAACCUAUUAUUACGGUAUUGAUUUUUCAUUACAUAAUAAAACCGAACGAAAAAUAGCACCAAAUGGACUAACAGAUGAGCAAAUCAAAAUGCUGAUACGUACAUAUGAAGAAUGCAAACAAGCUUGGGAUUGUCUAUUACCUCAACCAGAAGAAUUAGAAGACAAUGAAAAUAAUUAUUUACAAGAUAAUAGUGUUAAUCAUCGAAUGCCGUUAAAUUCUCUUGGAACAAAUAUUCAUGGAAAUGUUCAUAAUCCACGUAAGGAACUUACGUUUUAUUGA